AGUGCUGCAUUUGAAGACACUGCCACCUGCUGACAUGUGCCUCAAAUGUGAUGAUCAAAGAGUCCUCAACAGCCAUUUGAGUUAGAUAGCUAGAUAGAUUUUAUUUGACAGUUAUAAAUUACGACCAGGGGGAGAUACCACCAGUCCAGUCCCAUACAAGCCUUUCCUGUGACGUAUUAUGCGCGGCCAUGAAACUGUGACCUAUUGUGACGUAACCAAGCAUAAAUUCACUACAUAAACUGUGUUCAGCUUUGAUAUCAUCAGUACAAUCGCUUUCUUCAGUCAGGUUGUUUCAGGUGCAUAGUCUGCCCUAGCUGACACUGUGCAAAGUAUAAAUACUACGAUUGGAAACGGUUGGAUAGACCCGUGCGCACUGCACAAGGUGAUUUGGAGUUUAGAACGUCUGGUAGGCUCUUACAUUCUUUGGUCCCAAAUGGCACCCUGUAGUGUACUACUUUUGACCUGUGCCCAUUGGGCUCAGGUCAAAAUAAGUGCAAUAUAUGGGCACUGGGGUGCCAUUUGGGACAUGCCCUUUAUGCGUGUGUGUGCCAGGAUAUGUUUUGUGCCAAUCAAUUGAUGGAAAUGUAUCCCUCAGAAAGCAAGAUGAAUCGUAAUGAUGAGAGAAUCAAAAGAGCUUUAAGGCGCCGCCCUUAUGUGUUGAAUCCAGUGAGGGUGAACACCCCUGAUUCUGUGAUGUGGCCAACCGGCAAAGUGCGCAGAAGACCAAGGCCUGUAAGCCAAAUCUGACUUGAAAACAAUAACACAUAAACAUUAGUUAUGCUGCAUGUACAAACUGCAGUUAUCACAAUAAAAGCAAGUGCAGAUAUCCCUCCUUAUCUAACCACAUUUGAAAUUGAAUAUUGUCUUGACAGUCUACUUCAGUGCAGACCCCUCAGAUCCACAAAAGGCCUCCAAUCAUUGUGAGCUGUGGGCAGGAACAGACAUCUGGGGAUGGAUGGGACAUCAAUCCAGAGACUCUUAGCCAGGUCAGACAUCUCUGCUGUUCCCAUAGAGACAGAACAGAUAGAUCAAUCUGUUGAUUCAUAUGGCCAUUUUGGUUGGCUUGGUUGAAUUGACAAUCAUUCAUUAGAAAUGCUAAAGAAUCCUACAGUAUGGAAAGUCUUUAGCCCCAUCCCUAAUGUUAUGGGAGUUGCAUUUAUUGCAUUUCAAUACACUUGCAUUUUCAAUUACCCAUAAAUUACUCACUACUUGUACAACUAUGUUGGAUUGCCUAAAUAUUCAACAUUUUCUUGACAGUCAAUGCCAGUGUAUUCUAUGGCUGCCCUAAGUACAUGGCUUUGUCUGUCUCCUCAGUCUGGAAGGGUGACUCGGCUGAUGGAUAGAAAUUAUGAUGUGGUGAUCUCAUCCUCCAACUCUGAUGACAUCUCUAUCUACUCCUUCACUGACUGUGAAUCUGAGUCUGAUGAUGAGGAUCAUGAAAGGAGGACACCACCGCUGAAAGUGAAGGAUGAGGAGGAUGGAAAGGUGACAAGGCUUAAAGUGAGGGAUAUGGUAGAGGACGACGAUCUUUCUCUCCACUCCUUCGAUGAGUCAGACUUUCUGCGUGAUAAUGGCAAUGAUGCCUCUGCUGAGGACAGUCCAGGGCCUUCAAAGGAACCACUGAGAAAAGGGGCUUCACUGAAGGACCCUCGACUGAAGGUGUCACGCCAGAUGGAGGUGGUCCCUACUGUCCGGCCCUGCAGGCAGCAGCUGGACAAGAAGACACAGUGGACCAACACCAACGAGGAGAGCCUGAGGAGAAUUAAAGAAAACCUGGCCUCCAUAGAGCUUGACCUGGAGGAAGGCCUGAAGACGGUCAAUGACGGUCUGGACAUCAACCAAGAGAGGCAGAAGAAGAAUGAGGGAUGCUUCAGAGCCUGGAUUGAGAAAUGGAUGGGGAGGAGGAAGGAGGAAAGACUGAGGGAUGAAGAUGGGAAUAGGGAAGACAAAGGGAGGAGGGGUGAGAAGUUGAGGGCACUGAUCCAAGUGAUGAAGAGAAACUGCAGCAAAAUGAGAUCUUGAGGCAGUAGACCUGGACAGUUGGCUGAAUGACUUGGAAAGGUUGAAAGUGGCUUUCAAGAAAUGCACUGGAGAGAUGGCCGAAAUGGUAGAGAGCAUGGCAGAAAUGAAGACCAGCAUAGCCAAGAACAGGCUCCUCAAGCUUGAAAAAAAGAAGUAUGAAGUCCAGCGCUUUAGCCCAGGGAAAGUCUCUGGUCCUGUGCCUGGCCAGACUUGCCUUUCUCCUCUUGUGACCUCAGCACCCUGGACCCUGGCUGAAGCCCUACG